CUCCCAGGCUGUGGUUGCUAUAAAUAGCUGUGCAUACAGUAAGCCUGUUUUUGAGGCUCUAUGAGAACAUGGAACUGGCACUUGUCCUCUUGCUUGUCACCACUGUGUCCAGCUGCGGGGUCCCCAGCUACCAGCCCCACACCGGCCGCGUGGUCGACGGGGUCGAGGCUCGUCCGUACAGCUGGCCAUGGCAGGUUUCUUUGGAGUCAUUCUACCCGACCUGUGGAGGAACCAUGAUUGCUCCAAACUGGGUCUUGACUGCUGCGCACUGCGUUACGUUCCACACAUACAGAGUGGUUCUGGCCGAGCAUGACAUGAACUCAGACGAGGGACCUGAACAGUCAAUUCGUGUGGAGAAAAUGAUCAUUCACCCAAAAUGGAAUGACAACUGUGUGUCUUGCGGGAACGACAUUGCUUUACUUAAGCUGGAGCAGAGUGCCGUCAUUAAUGACAAGGUUCAGCUGGCAUGCUUACCAAAGCAGGGAGAUACCCUAGCCCACAACCAGUCCUGCUACGUCACAGGCUGGGGUCGCCUCUACUCCGGUGGGCCCCGAGCUUCUAGACUACAGCAAGCUCUUCUCCCGGUGGUGGGCCACAGCAUCUGUAGUCAGAGCGACUGGUGGGGAGGUUCGGCCAAAACGACCAUGGUGUGUGCAGGAGGAGACAGCAAGUCAGCCUGCCAUGGCGACUCAGGAGGCCCUCUUAACUGUAAAGGCAAAGAUGGCAGAUGGUACGUCCAAGGGGUGACCAGCUUUGUAGAUGGACGAGGCUGUAACACUCCUCGCAGGCCCACAGUCUUCACCCGCGUGGCUUCCUUCGUCCCUUGGAUCACGCAGAUGAUGGCCCAAAAUUGACUGGUUUUCCUACUUAAUAAAUAAAAGACUCUUCAGAACAUUAGUUUAGUUUUUUUUGUAUUCCUCUACUUACUGGACACAAUUAUGUAUAGCAAUUC